UUGAAACUCAAAUUUAUCCAUUAUUAUUAGUAGUAGUAUUUUGGUUUCAUCACUUUUGCACUUUUCUAUCUUCGUUCACUACUUCUGACAGGAAAAAAGGAAAAAUAAUAUGCACAAAGUAGGUUGCGGUUUAUUCACUGGAAAAAGCAUUCCGUGUAAAUGAUUCAACGAAAAUAAAUAAUGAGUCAGUUUAUAUCUGUCCAAGUUGGUCAAUGCGGAAAUCAAAUAGGCUCAGCUUUUUGGCCACUGGUGUUAAACGAGUAUGGAAUUCAAACAUGUAAUAACAGUGUACAGUUAUUGAAAACACAAAAGGAUCAUGUUAAAAACACAAGAGAGCUAUCGGAAGCAUUUCACAGUUUUUUCCAUGUCCCUGGAAACAAAGGAGACCUGUCGUUUAAAACGAUAGCAGAUCUUAAUGCUGCUAACGUCAAAGCCAGGACUGUUCUCAUCGACAUGGAGGAUAGCGUUGUGUCUCGAUUCAGACAAGGACCUUUAAGAGGUCUCUUCGAUCAAACGUGUAGCGUUACAAAUUAUCCAGGAUCUGGAAAUAACUGGGCAGUUGGGCAUUAUACUCAUGGCACAGAGUAUCAUGAUCGAAUAGAUGAAACCGUGAGGCGAGUAGCAGAAAAAUGCGAUUGUCUUCACGGAUUUUUGAUAACAAAUUCUGUCGGUGGCGGUACAGGUUCCGGCCUGGGUACUGCUGUUUUGUCUUUCUUGGAAGAUAGUCACCCUCAUGUUGACAGAUUUGUGUCGUGUGUGUUUCCAUCAGGCACUGAGGAUGUUGUAACGGCUCCAUAUAACGUGUUGCUGGCUUCAAGGGAGCUUUUAGAACAUGCGACAUGCGUGUUUCCAGUUGAAAACAAAGCACUCUUGGAAAUCUGUAAUGCUCAAAUGUCUAAGAGGGAAAAUAUUGAUCAAGCUUCUUACAAUGGUAGUUGCCUACCUUUCCAAGACAUGAAUAGUAUUAUUGUUAAUAUGCUUUUACAUUUGACAAGCGGUUCGCGAUUUCCUGGCAGCUUGAAUAUGGAUAUGAAUGAAUUGGCAACGAACCUUGUUGCAUAUCCGAAAUUAAAUUACAUAUUCAGCAGUGUUAGUCCUAUUGCUUUAACUGCUUCAACAAUGCCUACAAUUCCGGGUACCAAGAUGCAAGAUCAGCUAUUCACAGAUGCUUGGUCUAGAAGCAAUCAAUUAUUAAAAACAGAUCCCUUGAGCCCUGGAUCGGUGAUUUUAGGCACAGCUCAUGUUGCCAGAGGCACCACUUCUUUGACGGACAUGAGACGAAAUAUUAAAAAAUUCCAGAGUAAAGCUAGGUUUACAACAUGGAGCAAAGAGGCAAUGAAAGUUGGAUUGUGUUCCGUGCCACCUUUCGGACACCCUGCGUCGCUUCUGUGUCUUCUAAACUCUACAGCUAUGUCUAACAUGCUUGAAACUAUAGUGCAACAAUUCGACAAACUUUAUAGCCGAAAGGCUCAUGCCCACCAUUACCUAGAGGUGAGUGGUUUUGAGGAAAACCACUUCCAUGAAAGCCGAGAAUCCAUUCUGAGUCUAUCAAAGCAAUACAAAGAACUCCAAAUCCAACAACCAAUGAAAAUCCCACGACUACAUUUAUUGUAAACAGAUGCAGAUGAUAGUGAUAACAUAAACAUAAAUUUCGUUCGAUUCGCCAGAUAGAAUUUCCAAUUGAUCUGGAACAACCAUAUCGGCAAUUAUAAGCACUUUAUUAGCUGUUAUAUUUUGUUGCUUACUCGUAGAUUAUGAUACAGUUAAAUUAAUUCUAUACAGAAAUAAAAAAAAAACUUUUCAUGUUAAGCGGACAGAAAUUGUACAGGCAAAGAUAUUGCAUAUGUUAAGAGAUACAAACACUAACAAUAAACAAUUGUAUUUUCUAAGCAAAA